CUGGUAGACGAGCGACCAAUAUCGUUCUCGUUGGUUUAUGAUCGGUAUUCUCGGCUAUCCUGGUGAGACGGAAAGGAUAAAAGGUGUCUAGGAGUGCGAACACCAUCUCAUCUCGUCUCAUUUCACUUCUCGAUUCUAUUAGAUAUGUUGACUCUCCUCUACGUCCCACCUUCUCUUCUGGUCCUCGCUGCCAGAGGAGCCCUUGCCCAGUCAUCCAGUGGCAUGACCUAUGUUGAUGUUGGCCCUGUCGAGAAUCCAUUCACCUUUUCUCCCUCAAGCGUUCAGCUUCUCCCAGAUUCACUGGGCGUGACCUUCCAGUUCUCUUUCGCCAGAAACCACAGCAUCAAGCAGUCAUACUUCGAAGAGCCCUGCACAUGGGCAGGACCGGGAACCUAUGAUGGUGGAGAUUAUACUGUAGUACAAUCCGAACUCGUGGGCUUCGCUAUUGAUCCAAAGAUAGACGUGGUCCCUGCCCUGUAUUUCUUCGACGAUGCAGACGACAGAUGCCAGCGGGGAAUGGUGUUCCCUAUAAAUCCGCCGAGUGACAAGGACUCUGAGGACUUCAAAUCGAGGGCCAUGGCGUCCUCGUCCUCUUCGACAACGGGAUCAGCAACGUCGUCCGCAUCGUCGACCUCCUUCCUCACUCGUUCCUCUUCCCCUUCUAGCCCCCCAUCAGCAAAGGGAAACAAAACGUCAGACAACGGCAAGGACGAGAACGACAAGGAUGGCGUAGUCUCCAUCAUUUUCAGGGUAACAGCCGGUGUUCUUGGAGCGAUGGGUGUUAUAGGAGCUUUGGCCGUCUAACACAAUGUCAAUGGGGUACAUUGAGCACGGAAUAUUUAGAGUAAACGAACCUUACAACCUCGUCACUCAUUUGAGAUCAAUGCUAUACAUCGAUUCGAU